UUUAUUUGCAGAAAGACAAAGAGAGUGAUACAUAUUUCGACAAACCAGAUAACAAAAUGCUUAUACCCGUGCCCCCAGAAGAAAUACAGGCAUCGAAAAAGCUGUACAAGAAGCAUCCGAAAUCUACGAUACAGAAGAUCAUAGCGAGGAAUAAGAAGUAUAAGAAGAUGAUGUCCCAUCGUCUAACCACAAAAGCAACACUUCCACCAACUAGCGAUGACUUGGAAGAAUUUGACGAAAGAGACGAUGAUCCUACCACCCAAGCGGCAUUCAAGUUCGGCAAGAGAGUCAAAAACAGGAACAACAAGAUACCCAAAUACCACAGCCAGAUCCAAAAAAUGCCGAACAGGAUAUCACCGAAAGCCAAAAGAAUGAAAAGACACACAGACAGAGACAACACGAUCAUAUUUCAAGAUUUCGACGAAUUCGAAUUUAUAGACAACAAAAAAGAUUACGAUCUCGUUAAGACUCAUUUCAAAAAAUAUUGGUGAAACAUUCAAUUGAAUGUUGUAGAAUAAGUGAGCAAAGUAAGUUAAAGUGCGAGUGUGAAAUAAAAGAUUGAAUUUGUUUCAAAAAUUUAUUUACAAAACAAUAAAUAUUUUAUAAUUAAAACUA